AUGUCGUGCCGCUCCUACAGGAUCAGCUCAGGAUGCGGGGUCACCAGGAACUUCAGCUCCUGCUCCGCCGUGGCCCCCAAAACCGGCAACCGCUGUUGCAUCAGCGCCGCCCCCUACCGGGGGGUGUCCUGCUACCGAGGGCUCACCGGCUUCAGCAGCCGUAGCCUGGGUAACCUGGGCUCCGGCGGGCCCCGCAUGGCCGUCGGGGGCUUCCGCGCCGGCUCCUGCGGCCGCAGCUUCGGCUACCGCUCGGGCGGCGUGUGCGGGCCCAGCGCCCCCUGCAUCACCACCGUGUCGGUCAACGAGAGCCUCCUGACGCCCCUCAACCUGGAGAUCGACCCCAACGCGCAGUGCGUGAAGCACGAGGAGAAGGAGCAGAUCAAGUGUCUCAACAGCAAGUUCGCCGCCUUCAUCGACAAGGUGCGCUUCCUGGAGCAGCAGAACAAGCUGCUGGAGACCAAGUGGCAGUUCUACCAGAACCAGCGCUGCUGUGAGAGCAACCUGGAGCCGCUGUUCAGUGGCUACAUCGAGACGCUGCGGCGGGAGGCCGAGUGCGUGGAGGCCGACAGUGGGCGGCUGGCCUCCGAGCUCAACCACGUACAGGAGGUGCUGGAGGGCUACAAGAAGAAGUAUGAAGAGGAGGUGGCUCUGAGAGCCACGGCAGAGAAUGAGUUUGUGGUUCUAAAGAAGGAUGUGGACUGUGCCUACCUGCGGAAGUCAGACCUGGAGGCCAACGUGGAAGCCCUGGUGGAGGAGUCGAGUUUCCUGAAGCGCCUCUAUGAGGAGGAGAUCCGCGUGCUCCAAGCCCACAUCUCCGACACCUCGGUCAUUGUCAAGAUGGACAACAGCCGGGACCUGAACAUGGACUGCGUCGUCGCCGAGAUCAAGGCUCAGUAUGACGAUGUUGCCACCCGCAGCCGGGCUGAGGCUGAGUCCUGGUACCGCAGCAAGUGUGAAGAGAUGAAGGCCACGGUGAUCCGGCACGGGGAGACCCUGCGCCGCACCAAGGAGGAGAUCAAUGAGCUGAACCGCGUGAUCCAGAGGCUGACGGCCGAGGUGGAGAACGCCAAGUGCCAGCGCGCUAAGCUGGAGGCAGCCGUGGCCGAAGCGGAGCAGCAGGGCGAGGCGGCCCUGAGCGACGCCCGCUGCAAGCUGGCUGAGCUGGAGGCCGCCCUGCAGAAGGCCAAGCAGGACAUGGCGUGCCUGCUCAAGGAGUACCAGGAGGUGAUGAACUCCAAGCUGGGCCUGGACAUCGAGAUCGCCACCUACCGCCGCCUGCUGGAGGGCGAGGAGCACAGGCUGUGCGAGGGCGUGGGCUCCGUGAAUGUGUGUGUCAGCAGCUCCCGUGGCGGUGUCACCUGCGGGGGCCUCACCUACAGCACCACCCCAGGGCGCCAGAUUGCCUCCGGCCCCUCAGCCACAGGCGGCAGCAUCACGGUGAUGGCACCGGACUCCUGCGGCCCCUGCCAGCCCCGCUCCACCAGCUUCAGCUGCGGGAGCAGCCGGUCCGUGCGCUUCGCCUAG